ACCAUUAGUAUUUAGUAAACUUUGGCGGUAUAUAUCAAACUUUUGUGGUUCAAAAAAGUUCGAUAUCUCCAAAGAAAAUAAAUAUCAUAAUCUCCUCAAGAAAAAGAAAGAAAAAAUUCUCAUAAUCUCCUCAAGAAUGAUAGGAAAAAAAGAAAAAAAUUGGUGUAGAGACAUGAGAGGUGACGUACCAAACUUCCACCACUCUGACACCUUCUUCCUCUUCCUCUUCUUCUUGAUUCUUCUGUUCCCUACUUUCUCUAUCUCUUCCAACACUUCUUGAUAAUGGUAACUUCGUGCUUAGAGACUCUAACAACAACAAUCUUGAUGAAUACUUGUGGCAGAGUUUUGAUUUUCCGACAGAUACUUUACUUCCGGAGAUGAAACUCGGUUGGGAUCUCAAAACCGGGUUCAACAGAUUCAUUCGUUCAUGGAAAAGUUCAGAUGAUCCUUCAAGUGGAGACUACUCGUUCAAACUCGAAACCGGAGGGUUCCCUGAGGUUUUCUUAUGGAACAGAGAGUCACGAGUGUACCGGAGCGGUCCAUGGAACGGAAUCCGGUUUAGUGGCGUACCGGAGAUGCAACGGUUUGACUACAUGGUUUUCAAUUUCACAGCGAGUAAAGAAGAGGUGACGUACUCAUUCCGAGUCACUAAAGACGACAUAUACUCGAGGUUAAGCCUAAGCUCCACGGGAGUGUUAGAAAGAUUCACAUGGAUUGAGGCAGCGCAGACUUGGAACAGAUUCUGGUACGCACCAAAAGACCAAUGCGAUGAUUACAAAGAGUGUGGUGUUUAUGGUUACUGCGACUCGAACACAUCACCGGUUUGUAAUUGUAUCAAAGGGUUUAAGCCGAGGAAUCCGCAAGUGUGGGGGUUGAGAGACGGGUCGGAUGGUUGCGUGAGGAAGACGUUGUUGACAUGUGGUGGUAAAGAAGGGUUUGCGCGGUUGAAGAAAAUGAAAUUGCCGGAUACUACGGCUGCGAGUGUGAACAGAGGAAUUGGUGUGAAAGAAUGUGAACAGAAGUGUUUAAAGGAUUGUAAUUGUACGGCGUUUGCGAAUACGGAUAUACGUGGUGCCGGGUCGGGUUGUGUGAUUUGGACCGGAGAGCUUUUAGAUAUCCGGAAUUAUGCAAAGGGUGGUCAAGAUCUUUACGUUAGACUGGCUGCUACUGAUCUCGAGGACAAGAGAAACAGAAGUGCAAAAAUCAUAGGUUCGAGUAUUGGAGUGAUCAGCGUUUUGCUAAUUUUAAGUUUCAUCAUCUUUUGCCUGUGGAAAAGGAAGCAGAAGCAAUCAGCAGCAGUUGAAACACCUAUUGUUGACCAAGUGAGAAGCCGAGAUUUGCUAAUGAACGAAGUGGUAAUAUCAAGUAGGAGACACAUAUCUAGAGAUAAAAAUACAGACGAUCUUGAAUUGCCAUUGAUGGAGUUUGACGAAGUUGCCAUGGCCACUAACAAUUUUUCUAACGAAAACAAGCUUGGAAAAGGUGUUUUUGGCAUAGUUUAUAAGGGAAGGUUACUUGAUGGUCAAGAAAUCGCGGUGAAGAGACUAUCAAAGACAUCGGUUCAGGGGACUGAUGAGUUCAAGAAUGAGGUGAAGUUGAUUGCAAGGCUUCAGCAUAUAAAUCUUGUUCGGCUUCUUGCAUGCUGCGUCGAUGUGGACGAGAAGAUGUUGAUUUACGAGUACUUGGAGAAUCUAAGCCUUGAUUCUCAUCUCUUUGACAAAAAAAGAAGCUCUAAGCUAAAUUGGCAAAUGAGAUUUGAUAUUAUCAAUGGUAUUGCUCGAGGGCUUCUAUAUCUUCACCAAGAUUCACGGUUUCGGAUCAUCCAUAGAGACUUGAAAGCAAGCAAUGUCUUGCUUGAUAAAUAUAUGACUCCAAAGAUCUCGGAUUUCGGGAUUGCUAGGAUCUUUGGAAGGGAUGAUACUGAAGCUAUCACGAGAAAGGUGGUCGGAACCUAUGGUUACAUGUCUCCUGAAUAUGCAAUGGAUGGGAUAUUUUCGAUGAAGUCGGAUGUUUUCAGCUUUGGGGUCUUGCUUCUUGAAAUUAUAAGUGGCAAGAGGAACAAAGGAUUCUACAAUUCGGAUCGUGACCUUAAUCUUCUCGGUUGUGUGUGGAGGAAUUGGAAAGAGGGAAAAGGGCUAGAGAUCAUAGAUCCUAUCAACACAGAUUCUUCAUCAACGGUCAGGCAACAUGAAUUCUUACGAUGCAUACAAAUUGGUCUCUUGUGUGUUCAAGAACGAGCAGAGGAUAGGCCAACGAUGUCCUUGGUAGUUUUGAUGCUCGGAAGUGAAUCAACUACGAUUCCUCAGCCUAAACCGCCUGGUUAUAGCCUGGGAAGAAGUCCUCUUGAGACUGAUUCUUCGUCAAGUAAACCUCAUGACGAUGAAUCUUGGACAGUGAACCAAAUCACUGUCUCAGUCCUUGACGCUCGAUAACUUGAAAACUAACUAGCCAAUCUGUGUAUACGCAUUUUAAUUUCCAGUUGUGCUUAUGGUUAAUUUAAUAAAUUCCUAAAGCAUAAACGAGAAGAACAAGAUUAGAGUAAAUCGCAUUCUUUAGGGUGUCCUUUUGCAUAAUCUCUGGAUGAGCAAAUGCAAUUCUA